GCAGACGGGUCACCCCUCUUCCCCAUCGCCCCAUCUCUUGCACACUGUGGCGGCGAUCUAGAUCCAGCGGGACGCCGUUGACUUGCGCAGCCCGUUCCCGGUACUCCGCCUCGCAAGUCGUCUGGAUCCGCCUCCCGGGCACCCCCGACGUUGCUUUCCACAUCAACCCAGCAGCCGCUGCCAAGGUCCACUCCCCCAGGGCACCACCUCGCCUUCAUCGCGCCGGACUACGGCGGGUUUGUAGCCGGCCGGAAGACCCAUAGCACGGACGUGCCCAAGUGGAUGCAGCCUGACGGCCACAUGUGCCAGGUCUUCUUCCUCGACCCCGACGAUUGAAGCUCGUCGACUAGUAGUACUAAGUUUGUUCUCCGCUAUUUUGUUGCUGCAUCUUGAACUGAAAUGGAGGGAAGUAGUGAGACAUCGCCUUUAGGAGAGCCCAUAAUUGCAAAAUUUGUACCAACACUAUCAGCCGUGGAAUCGGUCAAUAGUUUUCAAAAUCAAGAUUUUAGCGAUGCUACCUCGUUUGCAGAGAUUAAUUCUCCGAUGCUUCUCAUUGAUGAUGCGAGUACACCGAAAAAGAAACAAGCUUGCUCUCAAGAGGGUUCUUUGUAUAAACCCCAGUGUGACGAGGAAUUGAAGCCAAAAGUGGGUAUGCUAUUUGAUGACAUUGGCUCGGUAAUGGAAUUUUAUAGGAUGUAUGCACACCAUGUCGGAUUUGGUGUACGUCUUGGGCAGCAAAAGAUCGUAGAUAAUGUGCUUCAAUGGAAGCGCUUCUUGUGUGCAAAAGAAGGUUUUCGGCCCGAGAAAGGUAUGUUUGUUGUUGAUCCUUCAAAGAAAAGGAGAAAGGUGAAAUUGACUAGAUGUGGAUGUCAAGCUUUUAUCUAUGUCACUCGGGAAAGUGAUGGAAAAUAUAGGAUAGCUUCACUCACUGAAUAUCACAAUCACCCUUUUGUGCCACCUAGCCACCAACACUUGAUCAGGUCUAAUCGUCAAAUUAGUGAGAGGGUGAAGACAACACUCCAUGAUUGCCAGAAAGCUAGCAUCGGAACUUCCUUAGCAUAUAGGUUUCUUCAUGUUGGCGCAGGGGUUUUUGAGCAUGUUGGUUGCACCCAGAAGGACCUACAGAAUCAAUAUGGUGUAUUGAAAAAUUAAAUAAAAAAUUGUGACACUCAAAUGCUAGUGGACCAAUUUGGUAGAUUGAAGGUUCUCAAUCCUGCUUUUUUCUUUGACUAUGAAGUUGAUGAGGUUGGUACAUUAGUCCGUAUGUUCUGGACGGAUGCAACAAGUAGGAAAAACUAUGGUCACUUCAAUGACGUGGUAUCUUUUGAUUCAACAUGCAGCACUAACCAAUAUGAAUACAUCUUUGCGCCAUUCACUGGAGUAAACCAUCAUAUGCAAAGUGUAUUUUUUGGGGCUGGGUUUCUACUUCAUGAGACAGCAGACUCCUAUAUUUGGUUGUUCAGGGCGUUUCUUAGAGCAAUGAGUGGGAUUGCCCCAAGAUUGAUCAUAACUGACGAAUGUAGUAAGAUGAGGAAUGCAAUUAAACAAACUCUGCCGAACACCGCACAUCGAUUGUGUAUGUGGCACAUUAUGGAGAAGGUUCCUGGGAAGGUACGUCCUGAAUUGAGAAAUGACCUUGUAUUCUAUGAUAGGCUAAAACAUUGUGUGUGGAAUUCUGAAACCCCUGCUGAAUUUGAGGAGAGAUGGGAGUCUUUCAUCAUAGAGUUUAAGUUGGAGGACCAUGUGUGGUUCGCAAAAAAGUAUGAGCUUCGUGCGGCAUGGAUACCGGCUUACUUUAUGGAAAUUCCCUUAGCUGGUCUCCUCAGGACAACUUCUAUUUCAGAGAGCGCAAACUCGUUUUUCAAGCGUUUCAUCUAUCACAAGCUUACCUUUGUUGAGUUUUGGCUAAGGUUUGACACUGCUUUGAAAUGUCAGAGGCAGAAUGAGUUAAUUGCUGAUAACACAAGUGGAUACACAACAAGUGAGUUGGUGACACCAUGGGAAAUAGAGAGACAGGGCAGGGCGGUAUUCACCCAUGAGAUUUUUGAAUUAUUUCAGGCUCAGGUGCUUGCUGCCAGAGAUGAUUGUGAUGUUCAGAACACAGAAAUUCGUGAGGGGAUUAAAAUCAUGUUUGUGAGUGAUCAAUACAAGAAGAUUAGAGAAGUGUCUUAUGACACAACAUCUAUGACUGCUAAAUGUUCUUGCAAGCUUUUUGAGUCCACUGGAAUUGUGUGCCGCCAUAUUAUCCGAGUGUUGAGGGGUGCGAAAAUAAAUGAAUUGCCAAGACUUUAUGUUCUUAAGCGGUGGGAGAGAAAUUGCAAAAGGGACAUUCUCUUCGAUGGGGAAGGAAACAUGCUUGAAGAGAAUUUAAUUGACCCAGUUGACAUUGCUAUGAAAAGGAAGGUAGCUCUCGUCAGGAACAAGCUAGAAGAUCUCAUGCCGAAUUCCAAAUGUUCAAUGGAAGGAAUUGAAUUCUUUCACACUAGUUUGUGCAAUGCCGAGUUGGAUUUAGCCCAGCUCGUACCGGCUGUAGCAUGCAACACACAUGAAAAUGAGGAAUCAUUUAUUGGGAGCAUCAUUCCAAAGCACGUUACCAUCCACACACCUACUGAUAUCAAUGCAAGGGGCACUUGCUCUAGAAUAAAGGGACACAGGGAUGGUGUGAGGAGUGGGUCGAGCGAGAAGAAAAGAAGACCUGGAAUUCAUCAAAAAGUCGCAUGCAAAUGCGGCAUUUGUAAGGAACUGGUGUUCCAUGAUGCAAGGACAUGCUCUAAGAAACAAAUGACACAAUAGUAGAGAUGCAUGAUGCUCUGACAACAGGAAAUAACAGGACUACAGAUGGAUAGAAGAAGCUUUUAUCAAAGUCUACCCUUUCUAACAAUUGAGAGAAGUUCUAUGCAAGAUAAAUAUAACUCUCUAUUCUUGAUCAUGCAUCUGUACUUGUCUGUGCUCAACUGAAUCGUGUUUGCUUGGUGUGGUCUCUCCCAGAAAAGAAGCUUGAUGAGCAAGUAGUAGAACUGGAGGGAAAUGCUACAGCUUUUCUGUUAUGUACCGUCAAGAUAGUAGAUCUUAUCGUUUUAAAUAGCAAUGCCUGUUGAGUGAUGAUCAUAUUAGUCCUUAAUACUUUGGUCUUGCUGGCCAUGUACUAAAAAUAGUGCUACCAUGUCUCAUCAAGAUAUGUAUGCUUGUGAUAUGCUCAAUCUGGGAUUGUCCAGUCUGAUGUUUAGUUAUGCUUCCAAGGGUGGCUUAAUUUGAUCCAUGUGCUCACAUAUUGUAAUACAUAUUGUCAUAUUUUGCACUGACAAUUGUAUUCAGCUUCUUUUUGCAUAA